AUGCCGCUGUCCAAUAUCACAGCCUUCACGCCUUCUGUGCUGACACUCAUUGGAAUUCCGGGAUUAGAGUCUGUGCAGUGCUGGAUUGGGAUUCCAUUCUGUGCCAUGUAUAUUAUUGCAAUGAUUGGAAAUGUGUUGCUUCUUGUUGUUAUCAAGUUAGAACGCAGCCUCCAUGAGCCCAUGUACAUUUUUUUAGGCAUGCUUGGAGCCACAGAUAUUGCACUUGCCAGCUGUAUUAUGCCCAAGAUGCUUGGAAUCUUCUGGUUUCAUUUGCACGACAUUUAUUUUGAUUCCUGCUUGCUGCAAAUGUGUCUUAUUCACGGGUUUCAAUGUGUGGAAUCGGGCAUCCUGCUGGCAAUGGCCCUGGACCGUUACGUGGCCAUCUGCUACCCACUAAGGCACAGCACCAUCUUCACCCACAAGCUUGUCAGUCAGGUAGGAGCUUUGGUAAUAGUCAGGGCUGCCAUUUUUGUUUUCCCGGGCCCACUACUGAUAAAGUACCGGUUUCAGUUUUACUAUACCACUGUCAUUGCCCAUUCCUACUGUGAGCAUAUGGCCGUUGUGAAACUAGCUGCAGGAGACAUCAGUGUGAACAAGAUUUAUGGCUUGCUUGUAGCCUUCAGUGUGACUAUAUUUGACCUCACAUUCAUCACUUUGUCCUACGUACAGAUAUUCAUCACGGUUUUUUGUCUGCCUGAGAAGGAGGCUAGAUCAAAGGCAUUCGGUACCUGCAUUGCUCACAUAUGUGUCUUCCUCCAGUUCUACAUUCUUGGCUUCUUCUCCUUCUUCACCCAUAGGUUUGGUUCUCACAUCCCCCCUUACAUCCAUAUCUUGUUUUCCAGCAUUUACAUGCUGGUACCUCCAUUUCUAAACCCACUUGUCUAUGGUGUAAAGACUAAGCAGAUUCGUGUUUAUGUUGUAAAAAUGUGUUGUCCAUAA